GCUACAGCUUUGAAACGUCAAAACCAACGAAAGUUAUCAGAAGCUUGCAGCCUAUCUUCUCCCGUAGUUGUUCGGUAUCUAUUUGGAGUUCAAAAGGAAUCGAAGCUCAGUCUGUCUGCAAAGUCGAUCACGAACUGUAUUUGGAGCUUUUAGGUUUUAAUACAGUUUACUCUUAGGUAGUUCAACAGCUGAGAUGCAUAAUUCUUCAACUGGAUCGACUUCCAAGCCGAAAGCUAGCUUGUCAGUGAGUUCUGACGUGUCUUUCAAGCGCAAGCGAGGAGUAUUUCAGAAAGAUUUGCAGCACAUGAUGUAUGGUUUUGGAGAUGAUCCCAACCCGCUUCCAGAAACUGUUGCACUUCUAGAGGACAUCGUUGUCGAAUACGUCACAGAUCUGGUGCAUAAAGCCCAAGAUAUUGCAACAAAAAGGGGGAAGCUUUUGACUGAGGAUUUCCUAUUUCUAAUCCGCAAGGAUUUGCCAAAACUUCAUCGGUGUACGGAACUUCUGUCUAUGAAUGAGGAGCUAAAACAAGCAAGGAAGGCUUUUGAAGUAGACGAAGAGAAGCUGGCAGCAGAUUGAAAUGGGUGUACUCUGAAAUCUGAAUGUGUACCCUGAAAUCUGGAUUGCUUCUUUUUCUUGUGCUGCUGCACUUGAUUUGGGCCUCUGAAAUGUAUGAUUGCUUUGUAAAUUAUAGUUUUCUGUUUCUAUAAAUCUAUAGGUUAUGUCUGUUAUAGAA